AUCGAGCGAGGAGCCCAAGAGCGAGCGCGCAGCCCGAAAGCUCGAGCCGCCUCCGCCACGAGACCCCACCCCGGCCGCCGCCGCCUGCGCCGCGAGAUCCGCACCGGCCUCCCCGAGAGCGAGCCCGGCCGCCGCGACCACCACCCGCGCUAACCGCCGACCAACCGCCACCGAGGUGCCCGAGUGAGAGCAAAGGAGGCGGCAUGAGCGAGGCGGGCGAGGCCACCACCACCACCACCACCAGCACCGCCCUCCCGCAGGCUCCGGCGGAGGCGGCCGCCGCCGUCCCCCAGGACCCCGCGCCCAAGAGCCCGGUGGGCGGCGGCGCUCCCCAGGCCGCGGCCACGGCGCCUGCCGCCCUCGUCGCAGGAAACCCCGGUGGGGACGCGACCCCCGCGCCCACGGGCUCCGCGGCCCCCGCCGCUUCAGCCCCCGCCGGCGGUGAAGACGCGGAGAAAAAAGUUCUCGCCACCAAAGUCCUUGGCACUGUCAAAUGGUUCAACGUCAGAAAUGGAUAUGGAUUUAUAAAUCGAAAUGACACCAAAGAAGAUGUAUUUGUACAUCAGACUGCCAUCAAGAAGAAUAACCCACGGAAAUACCUGCGCAGUGUAGGAGAUGGAGAAACUGUAGAGUUUGAUGUGGUUGAGGGAGAGAAGGGCGCUGAAGCAGCCAAUGUGACUGGCCCAGAUGGAGUUCCUGUAGAAGGGAGUCGUUAUGCUGCUGAUCGGCGCCGUUACAGACGUGGCUACUAUGGCAGACGCCGUGGACCUCCCCGUAAUUACGCUGGGGAGGAGGAGGAGGAAGGGAGCGGCAGCAGUGAAGGAUUUGACCCCCCUGCCACUGCCGGGCAGUUCUCUGGGGCCCGGAGUCAGCUGCGCCGCCCCCAGUAUCGCCCUCAGUACCGGCGGCGGUUCCCGCCUUACCACGUGGGACAGACCUUUGACCGCCGCCCACGGGUCUAUCCCCAUCCCAACAGAAUGCAGGCUGGUGAGAUUGGAGAGAUGAAAGAUGGAGUCCCGGAGGGAGCCCAGCUUCAGGGACCGGUUCAUCGAAAUCCAACUUAUCGUCCAAGGUACCGUAGGGGGCCUCCGCGCCCACGACCUGCCCCAGCUGUGGGAGAGGCUGAAGACAAAGAGAAUCAACAGGCGGCCAAUGGUCCAAACCAGCCAUCUGCUCGCCGCGGAUACCGGCGCCCUUACAACUACCGGCGUCGCCCCCGUCCUCCUAAUGCUCCUUCACAAGAUGGCAAAGAGACCAAGGCAGGUGACGUGCCAUCUGAGAUCCCUGCUCCAGCCACCGAGCAGGGCAGUGCUGAGUGACACCAGGCUCCCGGGCACCUCCUCCACCAGCAGGUGACCUAAAAAACUAAUGACCAUUCAAAAAAUAAAA